AGAGAGAGAGAGAGAAGUUUCCUGCGCUUGCAAUAGCCGUCUGCCUUUCUUCCACUAUGACACGUUCCCAUGCAUGCGCAGCCUGUGUGCAUGUCUCCUCGCAGAGGGACCUGUGAAGCCAACAUACCUGUCGCCAUGGCUGAAUUCGGGCAAAGCAAGCGCGUCGGUGCACCGGUUGCUGCUUGCGCCUCUACCGCUGCUGUUCCUGCUGAUGCUGCAGCCGCAGGGAGCCCCGAGACGCGCAGAGGAGCAGAGCCGGUAUCUAACGGCAGCUGCAACCCCACAGACCCGGCAAGGACGCUCCAUAGGGGGUCCAGCUGUGACUCCCCGACGUGUGAGGGUUUGGAAUCGGCCACCAAUUCCAUACUGCGACGCAGCAGUCUCAUUAAGGAUGGCUCCCGGGCGGGUCGAGAGAGAAAGAAGACCGUGUCCUUUAGCAGCAGCCUAUCGGAGAAGAAGAUCGGGAGCGUGUCCGACUGUAUCCACUCAAUGGUGGAGGGGAGCGACUUGAAAAAGGUGCGGCCCAACUCCCGCGUGUAUCAACGUUACUAUCUGCUCGACGCGGGCCUGCAGGCUCUGUGCUGGGAGCCCUCCAAGAAGGAUUCGGACAAAGCCAGGAUUGCUCUGGCUUCCAUCCGAGAGGUGCGGACAGGUCGUAACACGGAAAUAUUCCGCACCAGUGGCGUUUAUGAGCAGAUUUCCGAAGACUGCGCCUUCUCCAUCAUUUAUGGAGAGCUCUAUGAGAGCCUGGACCUUGUGGCCAAUUCUACAGAAGUGGCAAAUAUUUGGGUGACAGGCUUAAGGUAUCUGAAACAGUACGGGAAAAAUGCCUUGGACAUGCUUGCCAGCAGACAACGCAGCCUUCGUCUUGGCUGGUUGGAGCGGCUUUUCUCCUCUGCUGCUGAUUUGGAUAGUCCGAGGGACAGUGAGCAAAGUAUUUGCUUGCAGUCCGCCGUCAAACUCAUACAGAUGCUGAAUCCGGGGCUGAGCAAUGGAAAAGUGGAGCACAGGUUUCAAGAGCUUCAGAGGCGUCGGACUGAGCGCCUUUCUCUUAAUAAUGGCUCGGAAGCUAAAGACCACAGCAAAAUGCAAUCCACGCCCGAGGAUAGGGUCACGCAGGAGGAGUUCAUCAAGGUCUUUCAUGACUUUUGCACACGUCCAGAGAUUUACUUUCUCCUGGUACAGUUCUCCAGCAACAAAGAAUUCCUGGACUCCAAAGACUUAACGAGAUUCCUCGAGGCCGAGCAAGGCGUCGCCCAGGUGUCAGAAGAAGACAGCUUGAGUCUCAUCCGGUCCCACGAGCCUUCAGAUGAGGGCCGGCAGGAGGGUUAUCUGUCCAUGGAUGGCUUCAACAACUACCUGAUGUCACCCGAGUGCCAUCUCUUUGAUAGGGAGCAUGACAAUGUGUGUCAGGACAUGUCCCAGCCUUUGUCUCACUAUUUCAUCAACUCCUCUCACAACACCUACCUCAUCGAGGACCAAUAUAAAGGACCGUCAGAUGUUUCCGGCUACAUCCGGGCGCUUAAGAUGGGCUGCCGAUGCGUGGAGGUGGACGUAUGGGACGGUCCCGGUGAAGAACCGGUGGUGUGUACCGGACAUACCCGUUGCCGUCCUCUCGCGCUGCGCAGCGUGUUGGAAGCCAUCGGACGAUUUGCUUUUGUGACGUCCGAGUAUCCCUUGAUUGUGUGUCUGGAGAACCACUGCUCGCUCGGACAGCAGAAAGUGAUGAUGCAACAUCUGGUGGAAAUACUCGGGGAUCAACUCUUGACGCGUAGCCCAGACGUGAGCGGGUCGUACCUUCCCUCGCCGCAAGCCUUAAUGCAUCGGAUCUUGGUGAAAGGGAAGAAGCUGAAGCCCGGUUGGGAAGCGGAGGAUGGUGAAGUCAGUGAAGAAGAUGAAGGAGCUGAAAUGUGCCCAAAUAUGAAGGUAAUGAUCAACGGCGGGGCAGCAAUCGAAGACAGUCCGAAAGAAAAAAGAAGUAUCCAUUCAACAGCGGCCCACCGGUGCAACCCUCCUCAUGUUCCUCACAAAAAAGUCCUCCUGCUGAAAGAGCUUUCAGACUUGGUCACUCUUUGCGAGUCGGUCCACUUUGUCGACUUCCCCACAUCGACCCAAAGCCAAAAACCUUGGCAAUUGUGCUCCUUUAACGAGAUCCAGGCCAGUCGUCUCGCCGGCGAGAGCCCCGGUGACUUUGUCAACCAUAACAAACGUUUCCUCUCACGGGUUUACCCGAGUCCGGUGCGCAUUGAUUCCAGCAACAUGAACCCUCAGGACAUGUGGAAAUGCGGUUGUCAGAUUGUUUCGAUGAAUUUCCAGACCGCUGGAUUGAUGAUGGACCUCAACGCGGCCUGGUUCCGGCAGAAUGGGAAUUGCGGUUACGUUCUGCGGCCUGCCAUCAUGCGGCAGGAGGUAUCUUAUUUCUGCGCAGAUACCAGAGACACUGUGCCUGGGGUGUUGCCUCAGCUUCUCCAUGUCAAGGUCAUCAGCGGACAGAACCUUCCAAAGCCGAGGGGUUCUGUGGCCAAAGGGGAUGUGGUGGACCCUUACGUCAUCGUGGAGAUCCACGGCAUCCCGGCCGACUGCGCCGAGCGCCGCACCAGGACCGUCACCCAGAACUGCGAUAACCCGGUUUUCGACGAAAGCUUCGAGUUCCAGAUCAAUCUACCGGAGCUCGCCAUGGUUCGCUUUGUGGUGCUGGAUGACGACUUCAUCGGGGAUGAGUUCAUAGGUCAGUACACCAUCCCGCUGGAGUGUCUCCAACCGGGAUACCGUCACGUGCCGCUUCAGUCUCUGACCGGGGAAGAUCUUCCCCACUCCAAGCUCUUUGUCCACGUGGCCCUCACCAAUCGUAGAGGAGGGGGCAAGCCUCACAAAAGGGGCCUGUCCGUGCGGAAAGCCCGCAGGAGACGCGACUACACGGCUCUAAGGGACUUAGAAAUCCGCUCCGUUGACGAGGUCUUCAAAAUGGCUGCCCCUCUGUUGAGAGAGGCCACGGACUUGAGGGAGAACAUGCAGAAUUCUGUGGCUAUGUUCAGGGAGCUGUGCGGGGUGCCGGCCGUGUCCAACCUCAUGCAGUCCAUCCUCGCGCUGGGCUCCAGAGUGAGAGGACCCGAUGGAACGCCUUUACUACUCUUUGACCUUCAGAAGCACUACCCCACCCUGGAGCCUCAGGGACCCCUGCCUGAUGUCCUUCGCCGUGUUGUCUCCACAUAUGACUUGAUGGUCCAGGCCAGCAAAGCUGUGUUUGAACUCGCUGAUGGAAUCCAUGAAAGGAUUCUGAAUAUAAAGAAGACAGCCAUGACGUUCCACGAGGAUCUACAAAGCCGGGCGGCAAAGGAGGGCUUGAAAGGGCGCAAGGUGGGUCGAGCUGUGGAGAGCUUCACCUGGAACAUCACCAUCCUUAAGGGUCAAGCUGAUCUUCUCACGCACGCCAAGGCUGAAGUUCAGGAGAACAUGAAGCAGGUGCACGACGCCGCCCUGACGGGGAACCUCGCCAGAGAGGGUCGAGGAGUUACCAGAGUGCGCUCGCAAUCACGGAAAAGCCAGCACGACAGCCCCACCUUGAGUUAGUUAGUGACGGGCGGGUUAGGGUCACGGGUCAUCAUGGGUCGUCCGUCAACUACACUACACUUGCCGCCAAGGAACAUUCCAUUUAAUGUUUGAUAUUGUGAGCUCUGUCCAUCUUGGUUGUAAAAACACAAUUUUAGAACUUUUCUGUUGUGCACGAUGUUUUUAAAGUGAGAAAUAAGCACACAAAAUACAAUCAAUGGACUUUAGCGAUAUUAUCAAUAGUGUGGGUAAGCCUUUUGUUCCUUUAAAUUUGUUAAGUAAAUUAAAUGGACUUUACAGGAACUUAAAUCAUCGUUCCCUAUUGAAAUGAAUGCAAAUGCCAUUAAGCCGUUCCAGCUUUACAAAAAUACCCGAAUCGUUGUGAUAUUUUUUCUGGAAAAUAGCACCUUAUAGUCCUUACUUAGUGACUUAAAUAGAAUGUAAUUUUUUUUUUUUUUUAACUCUAUGUAAUGCUAUGUGGUUUGCUUAAAUAUAGAAUGUGUUAAUUCUCUUUGUUUAGGUUGACGAUAAGCUUAAACUGGGAAGAAUUAUUGACAAAAAUUUUAAUUAACAAAUUUGCACAAAUAUAGUGAAGAUAAGCGGUUUGGAAAAUUGAUGGAUUUAUUUGAUUUUUUUUUUUAUCUAAAAUGGACAACCUGAACCCAUCAGUGCGUCACGUGAAAACGUCUGCCACCUGUCUACUGUUGCCUUUGCCUGCAAAAUAGUGUACAGUAUUUUAAAAAGAGUAUUUUACACAAGUGUAAACAUUCCAGGUCCAUCUGUGCAUCCAUUGUGCAGCUCCAGUCCACGAGUACCUUCUUCACAAAUUGAGAUGUUAAAUAAAUUAGUUUUAAAAAGA